CAAGGACCUCCAUACAGGCAGCUGAUGAUACUGCCGGCUGAUACACUAUUCAUUAAAAAAAAUAGAUAAAGCAGUAUUUUGUCGCUGCAUGCAGGCUCGGAUGGAACAGAGGAUGUUUGCUUUUAUUAUAGUCAGUAUAAUUUGACGAAUGUCGGUGGUAUUUAAGGAGGAAAUGUGUGGGUUUAUGGAGGCAAAGCUUUAAAUGAGGAUCAUGGCGUUUCCGGAGGGAGAAUCACUCGAAUCCUGGCUCAACAAAGCCACACACCCGACCAACAGGCAGGAGGACUGGGAAUACAUAAUCGGGUUUUGUGACCAGAUCAAUAAGGAGUUGGAAGGUCCUCAGAUAGCUGUGAGACUACUGGUUCACAAAAUCCAUUCUCAAGAAUGGGAAGCCCUUCAAGCUCUGACGGUACUAGAGGCGUGUAUGAAGAACUGUGGGCAAAGAUUUCACAACGAAAUAGCCAGAUAUCGUUUUUUAAAUGAGCUGAUUAAAGUGGUUUCACCCAAGUAUAUGGGGGACAGUGUUUCUGAAAAAGUGAAGAAUAAGAUCAUUGAGAUGUUGUACAGCUGGACGGUGGCGUUUCCCGAUGAGGCCAAGAUAGCCGACGCGUACCAGACGCUCAAGAGACAAGGACUCGUGAUGUCGGACCCAGAACUGACGGUGGACAAAACCCUGAUCCCGUCCCCUCCGGCACGGCCCAAAAACCCAGUGUUUGACAAUGAGGACAUGGGGAAGUUGUUGGCUGAACUUCUGAGGAGCAAAAACCCGGAAGAUCUUCAGGAAGCGAACAGACUCAUCAAAAACAUGGUGAAGGAGGACGAGGCCCGAGUGCAGAAAAUGGCCAAACGCAACAAUACGCUGGAGGAAGUGAACAACAACGUCAAGCUCCUGAGCGAAAUGCUGAGUCACUACGACAGGGACCGAUCAUCGGACGCCGACCGCGAGCUCAUCAAGGAGCUGUAUGAGCGCUGUGAUAAACUACGACGCACCGCGUUCAAACUGGCCACUGAAGCGGAGGACAAUGACUCCAGUUUGGGUGACAUUCUCAAGGCAAACGAUGAUUUGUCCAGAGUAAUCGGCUCUUAUAAACGAAUCGUAGAAGGACAGGCGGACGACGGGGACGGUGAAGAUCUCCGACCAGCUGCUAGUGAAGGAUGUGGCACUCUGAUUGAUCUGGCUGGACUCGAUGAACCUUCCUCUCCCCCGACCGUCCCCACUCCUUCUCUUCCUCCUCAGGUCCUGUCAGCCAAUCUCACGGCCUCGUCCAUCCCCGUGCUGCUGCCUCCUCCUCGCCGAUUGGCCGGCGGUCACAGCAGUCAGACGAGCAGCCCCAGUCACAAACCGCCUGAGCAGCAGACCUCCCUCUCCCUGCUGGACGAUGAACUCUUGUCUCUCGGACUGAAUGAUCCUCCCACUGUGCCAAACAGACCAAAGUUGGAUGAAUUGUCUGGUCAGUGGACGUCUCUACAGGCUCCUGAUCCGGGCCUGGACCUGUUUGGGAGCAUCUCGGCACCGAGCGUCGUCUUUCCGACAACACGCACACCUGCACAAGCCUCACACACACCGGCUGUCAGUCAGGGGCUGCAGGAUCUCUCCAUGCUGGACUUUGGAGGUGGAAAGAGUGUUUCUGUUCUGAGUGGCAUUGCUGGAGGUACUUUUGGCCUUUCUGGAGGUAUGAUGGGCUCCGCAGCCGCCCCUCUUCAGUCCACUAACCCGUUUGUGUGUGCGGCGGUGCCCGGCUCGCCCGCUGUGGCCCGGGCUCAGGCGGUGAUGGGUUCCUCGGCUCCAGGCAGCCCUUUCUUUCAGCCCUUCUCAUCUCCGUCUCACUCGCUUCAGAGCAGCCCGGCGCGGAGCUCAGAGCCCAGCCUGUCCAACCUGAACGUCCCGCUCGAGUCCAUCAGACCCAGUAAAGUCUUACCUGUGACGGUGUACGAUAAGGAUGGAGUCCGUGUUCUCAUGCACUUUGCGAUGGACUGUCCGCCGGGUCGACCGGACAUCCUGGUCAUGGUGGUGUCGUUGCUCAACACGGCACCGUUACCCGUUCGAAGCAUAGUGCUGCAAGCAGCCGUGCCCAAGUCUAUGCGAGUGAAGCUUCAGCCUCCAUCAGGUACAGAGAUCGCGCCCUUUAACCCUAUCCUGCCCCCCGCAUCCAUCACUCAGGUCAUGCUGCUCGCCAACCCACUCAAGGAGCGUGUGCGUUUGCGCUAUAAGCUGACGUAUCUUCUGGGAGAGCAUCAGUAUUCGGAGGUCGGAGAGCUGGAUCAGUUUCCUCCAGUGGACAGAUGGGGGUCCCUGUAGAUCUCGCUGUUUACCUGCUUGAACUCUUAAAUGUUCAUUCCCAAGUAUCAUCAUUCAUUUGUGCUGUUCAUUUGUUUUCAGCCAGUGUUUUACUGUAGGCUUGUGAAGCAGCAUUUGAUGCUUGAUGUCUGCUGGAUAUUAAUACAAUAACACAACAUCAAUGACACACAUGAUGGUCCGAAGCGGACACGCACGUUUCAGAGAUCUUUUGCGUGCUGCUCUUAAAGCAGUUUACCAUGGUAAUCACAGUUUCUGUCAAAAUACCAUAGUAAAACAAUAAUUAACUGGCAGUUUCAACAAACAGUACAACGUUUUGGUUAGAAAAUUACAUUUAAAAAAAUUCCUUUAAUUUGUGAAAUAAGCUAGUUAUCUACUACAAACUUGAAUUAUUUAUGAAUUAAUUUAGACUAAAUAUACAACCUUUUACCAGUGAUAU